AUGAGAAACAUAUUGAAAUCAUUAAAAAAAUACGUAUUUCGUCGUCGUGAAAAAAACCAAGUAUUUCAUCGUUGUGAAAAAAGACACACUAAUUCUCGUUUCCAAAGCAAUCAUCCGAAUCAUCUUUCUAUUGAUAAAUUAACAACAAUUAAUCGUAUUACACAAGAAGUUGAUCCACUUGUGAUAUCUACGACGACAACACAAAUAGCAGAUUCAUUGAAUGAUUAUAGUGAUUUUUAUUUAGCAUGUCGUGACAAUGACUCUAAGAAAGUUCGACAGUUACUACGAACAAUGACACUUGAUGAUGUAGAUCGUUUGGAACCAAACGGUAGUACAUCAUUGCAUGUUGCAUGUUAUUAUGGUCAUUCUAGAAUUGUUAAAUUGUUAUUGAAAGAAGGAGCUGAUAGAGCAAUAUUGAAUAAGUAUCAAUGUUUACCAUAUGAUGAAGCAUUGAAUGAUAAUAUCAAAGAAAUUUUUCUUCGCAUACCAAAUAGUAAUCGACUUGUAUCGGAUACUGGUGCUAUUGAAUGGACAUUAAUUGAUGAUGAUAUUAUGGAAAAAGCGAAAGAAGAGCGACACAUAAUUAAAUCACUAUAUGACAAUACCACAGGCACUACUCCUAUAGAUAAAAUGUUCGAAAAAAUUGAAAAAAAUUAUAUCAAUAAAGGACUAACUAAUAUUAAUGGUAUUGAAAAAAUCAGACGUUAUUUUCGAAAAGCUACUGUAGAGCAAAAUAUUUUAUGGUUAAUUAAAGCUUAUACAGCUGAAACAGAUUUCUAUAGAAUUUUAAAUAAUGAAAUAGCAGCUGGUGCUAGUCAAUAUCAAAGUGAACGAAGAUAUAUAAUAGCAUUAAUUUCACAUGAUUUACGUUUAGAACAAUUCACAUUUAUCGGCACUGCUUAUCGAGUGAUACGAAUAAAUAAUGAUGACUUAAAAAAAUAUGAAGUUGGUUGUUCAUUAAUGACAAAAUCAUUUGUAUCGUCAUCAAUCGAUCGAAAAGUUGCCGAAUUAUUGUCAUGUCAACAGGAAUCAGCACAAUCAGAAGCUGAGGUAAUGAAACGCACGAAAAUUGAUGGGGCAUUGAUAAAAUCAUGGAUUAUGUGUAGAUAUACAAUCAAACAUAGACGCACUGGUCUACAUAUUGAAAAUUCAUCUCAAUAUGCGAACGAAGGUGAAAUUUUGAUUAUACCAUAUUCUGUGUUUGAAGUGAAAGAAAUAAGAAAAGUUCAACUUUCACUUUUUCAAGAUGAUCAAUUUAUGACUGAAAUUCAUUUAGAAGAAUGUGAUCAAUAUUUAUAA